GAUAAUGAAUUCACAAUUCCAGAAAUUAGAAUAAAUUAUCAUUAAAUUUAAUGAUAAGCAUCAAUUAGUAAUGAAUUUAUUAGAUUUUUUAGUUAAGAAGAGCAAUAUAUGUAGGAUUUAUUAUUAAUGCUGGAUUAUUUUAUUCUUAAGUAAUAAAUAUUUUUAAUCAUUAUUAGAUGACUAAAUUUGCUGCAUUAAAAAGAAUGUAAGAAUAUAUGGUUGAAAAAACUUCACAAUUUGAAAAUAGAUUGAUUUCAGAGCAAGAGUAAAUUAUUAAAUCUCUCAAAGAAUGAAUGUGAAGUAACAACAACUUUUUUUUAGAU